AACCAGUUGCGCUUCGUUAUACACUAAGAUGCCCGAUUACCACUUGGUGACUGUAGGUAAUUGUUCAAAACUGCACCGCCGUUGACAGUACGCCUCGGGGCCUGCCAUGUCGGAGAUCCGCUCCAACUUGUGCGAAUCAUUUGAUACUCCAGCGCGUGCUGGGUACCCCCGGAUGGUCGAUGAUAAUUUCGAAAUAUAUAUGGAAAGCACCAGCUAGAUACAAAUACCAAUCCAUCGUGCCAAUCUCUCAAAAUAUUCCCGCUUGACUGUCCCGACGUUCGUGUCCAGACUGUCUGCGGUGAUGUGGCUGACUCAGCAACAGACCUGUUGAGCGUCAACGUCAUGGAGCCAACUUCCAAGGUCAGGUCCUGUCGCAUCGCCGCCAUGGCACGGCCGGCUUGUCUCGGUAGCUAUCCGAAUAAUUAGCAAUAGCAAGCAAUCCUACAUGGAUCAGUCAAUUUUGUGAUGGGCGAGAAUACGCAUAUGGAAAUUUGGUUGGCAGGUGCUGCGGCAGCCUUCACGGUGGACUUGCUCGUAUACCCUCUUGACACCAUCAAGACGCGGUGGCAAAGCCAGGACUUCGUGAGCACCUACGCAUCAUCCGCAGGGGCCAGGAGAGUACCCGCCAAUGUCUUCAAGGGCCUCUACCAGGGCGUGGGUAGCGUGAUUCUCGCGACCCUGCCAGCAGCGGGUGUUUUCUUCACCACCUACGAGUCCGCCAAAACCCUCUACGCCGGGAUCCUGCCGUCCGGCACGCCGCAGCCCGUGGUCCACUCCGCGGCGUCGGGGACGGCCGAGCUGGCAUCGUGCCUCGUGCUCGCCCCGGCGGAGGUCGUGAAGCAGAACGCACAGAUGCUGAGGCGGACCGGCGGCGUUGGCGUCAGCGGCGGACGGUCGACCUCGACAUCGCUGGAGGCCUGGCGGAUGCUGCGGCGGAGCGAGGGCGGGGCCGCGCGACGCCUCUGGCGGGGAUACACGGCACUCGCGGCCCGGAACCUGCCGCAUACGGCGAUACAGUUCCCUGUUUUUGAGUUCCUCAGAGGGAGGAUCUGGGAUUGGCGAGACCGGCGGCGGUCGGGAGCCGUGCCGGGAUCAGGACGUCAGCGUGCCGCCUCAAGCAGGGACGGCGAGGAACUGCAAGAGAAGAUCCAGGCGGCGGGAUCGGAGUCCGGAGCCGGGACAUCAGUAUUGUUGGAGACGUGGCUCGUCAAUGGGGCAAGCGCGGGAUUGUCGGGGGCUCUCGCAGCGGUUCUCACGACGCCGACGGACGUGGUCAAGACCCGGAUGAUGUUGAUGGGGGAGAACAACAGCCGCGACGGCGUGGGAGGCGGCCACAAUCCCGGCGGACGUCCCUCGCACCAAACCGAGCGUAGGACGGGAAGUUGGGAGGUUGCGAAGCAGGUGUUCCGAGAACGGGGAGUCAAAGGCCUCUUCCGAGGAGGCGCGCUCCGAGCCGUUUGGACGGCCCUUGGCAGCGGGCUGUAUCUUGGUACGUAUGAGGUAUCCAAGGUUUGGCUGAGAGGUGGCAAAGAUGAACGGGAUGAUGAUUUAUGAGCUCGAGCACGUCAUCAAGCUUAGAUGCAACCAUGCACGAUGAAGAAUACCUACCACUGCAGGUUGGCACGACAUUUUGCUUUUUUGCAGUCUCAGCGUUGUGUCGCCAUCAAGCUAAGGUGGAACCAAGUCGAGGGACUGAGAGAGGCAAAAAAAGGAGUCGGAUUU